UCAGAGAGCAAAGGAGCAACUGAGACCAGAGGGGCAGGGAGUGUUGUGCAGUAAAGAGGAACCUACCAGGCACUAAAUCUAUGCACAUGGACUUGUUGGGACAGUCAGUAGGCAGCACCUGAGAGGCAGAAGAGCUGAUACCUGUAGAGUUUUAUGUUGUGUGAUAGGAGCCUGUUUGUACUUCAAGGAGGAAAGAAGAAGGCUGGGCAUAGAUCAUUACUGGACCUCAUCCAUCUCCUCCCGAGCUUUGUUCUUUCUGCAUCCCUGUGGACACGCGGUGUGCCGGCAGACACGCUGAUCUGACCUGCAUCUGUAGAUGAAAGUCCAACUUGUGUGGAUCUUGCAGCUUUUCCAGCUACCGCACCAGUUUGCUGGAGCCUGGAUCCACUGCUCAGUGUGAGAGACAGCGGGAGAGAACGAGGGAAAAAGAGAAGAUUGCCAUCCAUCUCCAGCCCCCACAGCCCACCCUCAGCUUCGGACGCCCCUCCUCUCUGCCUCUUCUUUUGCCCCCUGUACCCCCACCACCACCACCACCACACCCCCACCCCCUCCAACACCUCACCCCCCAACAGAGCAGAAAGCGUGAAAAAUCUCACUAAUGGGUUUAUUUGCUGUCAGAUCUGCGCCGAUCUGUCAUUCCCUUGGACCAUUCUGCUUGACACAUUUCAUAGUUGAGUAAGCCUCCUGGCUUUCUGGCUAGACUUAACAGUGCCCCUGCAACGUUGUGCUGGCUGAGAGCUCAUCAACUGAGGAGCAACGGCGGCAGCAGUCAGUCUGACAGUCUCUUGGACAGGGAGUCCCUGAAGCUGCAUUCCUCCAGUCUCCCUCUCUCCCCGAGUUUGUGAGCUUUGCGGGCAUCCUCAGCUUCUGUCUAACCACACAACUGGUCCUCCCCCAGAAGAUUUGGGCUGCUUCUGCAGGGAUUCUGGUGCUGAUCGAAAGAGUGUGAAGAUGUGGUGUGGGGCUGGGCCUCUGGCCGUGGUGGCUGCAGUGUUUUGGACUCAGUGUGUCCUCCUGGAUGGGGUGGAUGCCAAGAAGGAGAGAAAGAGGCCAAAGGAGGCCACUCCACAACACACUGAGACGUACAAUGCAACUCUGUCCAACAGUGAAGAGGUCGGAGGAAGCAUCAAGAUUUCUGAUCACCAGAGGGUGGAUCCACUGGGGUCAUGGAUGGAUUUUGUUAAAAGACCAGUUGGAAACUUCCCUGGAAAGUGUCGCAAACGCAAACGGCCCCUGCCAGGCCCACCUGGUCCUCCUGGUCCUCCUGGUCCACAGGGACCUCCUGGCUCUCCUGGAGCUGAAGUGACCCAGGAGGUUCUUCUCCAGGAGUUCAAAGAGAUGAUUAAAGAGGCUACAGAAAGGAGAGCAGCAGCGCUUGACAGACAAACCAGCCCCAGCCAGUUACCUACAGCCCUCCUCACCCUGGAGGGGAUGACCUCCUAUCGCCGAAUAGAAGAGGCUUUCCACUGCAAGCUCAAGGGACCUGUGGUGGUGGACAAGAAGACUCUGGUGGAGCUCCAGAACUUUCAGACACCACCAGCUAAAGGAGCCUUCCUCAGAGGCUCAGGAAUGGACCAGUCAACAGGGAGGUUCACAGCUCCCAUCACUGGGAUCUACCAGUUCUCUGCUAACGUCCACAUUGAUCACAACGAGGUGAAAAGGAGCAAGAGUCAGCUGAAGGCCAGGGACAACGUUCGGGUGUUGAUCUGCAUCGAAUCCCUCUGCCACAGAUACACUUCACUGGAGAUGAUUGUUGGGUUAGAAAGUAACAGCAAGAUAUUCACCGUCAGUGUCCACGGGCUGCUGGAGCUACAGGCUGGGCAGUACACUUCCAUAUUUGUGGAUAACGCAGCUGGUGCUUCCAUUACAAUACAGAAUGGUUCCGACUUCAUGGGCAUGCUACUUGGUGUAUAGCCUUACACAUUAGCAGGGCAUCCUCCCGGCCGUCCACUGCUGCCAUUUUGUUUCUUUCAAUGGACCGCUCAUGAGCACCAUCACACAGGACCAAACCACAGGGGAGUUUUGAAGGAAUGAAGUAAGGCUAACGCUGACUUGGCUGCUUGUCAGAUGGUGAAAGGACAGUGUGAAGGACUCAAGGACUGAGUUUGUUUUUCACAGUGCAAUGCCACUUCCCCCAGGAACUUGGAUGCAUGUUGCUUCACCAAUAAAAUAACCUGAAAAUAAAACAGAUGAAUAUGUUUGUUACAGUAUAUUUUUCAUGGUUGUUGGAAGACCUUUGCAGUAAAACAAGCAGUUUUCUAAUGUUCUCUGUAGUCUUUGGAGAAGCUGGGAAACAAGAAAUAGUACAUUUGUGCAUUUAAUGUAUAUUGACAUAUCAUUAUUUUUGUCUAUUAUAUCUGUUGUGUAAACACUCUUGAACUAUAAUUUUUUUGGAUUAAAAUUCACUUUUAUAUAUGUUAUAUGGUACAUAGACUCUGUGAGUACACUGGACCUUUGAAAUAUGCUCAACAGACAGAAUACAGCCUCACGCGAUCUUGUAACUGUUAUCAGUUUUAGCUAUUUUAGCAUUAGUGCAGACUGAAAUAUCUUAGACUCUAUGGGAUGGAUUGUCAUUAAAUUUUGUACAAACAUUCAUGGUCCCGAGACCAAGAACGUGACUGACUUUGAAGACUUUUUCUCUGCUGCCACCAUCUGAUAUUGACAUAUUUGUGGGUUUUAAAUGAAAUAUCUCAUCAAGUACUGGACUGAUUGCAUUGGUUACAUUUCCAUGUUCACCACAGAAUAAAAUGUAGUAUCAUUCAUGACCCCUUAUAUUUUCAGGUCAGAUUUUUAAUUUGUCCAAUACUUCAGCUGUACUUUGUGUUCAAUGGUAAUCAGCAAAUGCUAAUGAAUGCUAACAUGCUAAACUAAAAUGGUGAACAUUGUACUAAACAAAACAUGCUAAACAUCAGUAUCUUAGCAUCAUCACUGUGCACAAGUUUGCAUGAUGAUAAUAGCAUAUAGCGCUAAGCAACACUGUGCCUGAGGUUAUUAUCACACCAAUAUGUUUUUAUUUUAAAAAGACUUUUGAAAAUGAAAGCAACCUCCAAACAGAGGACUAUUUAGUAUGGUUUUAGAAAUAAUCUUUCCCCAUACUAACACGGCUGAAAAUGCAUGUCCUAUGACCUGUACCUGGGGCAUGCUCAUGCCAGUGUCAACAUGAAGCAGAGGGUUGAUUGUUUAGUUUCAGAGUCACGUGAUAAGGGGCGUGGCCAAUCAGGGAAGGACAUGUAGUGACUGAUAAGACCUCAUCAGAAAGCAGAUGUGGGUGUCUGUGUCAUUGUUUUCUCCAAUAUUGUCUGAAAAUCUUCACUCUGAAAGGAGUUUACCACAAGGUUCACACUCAGUGACUGAAGACUGUUUGCAUGUGGAUGGAAAGCCGAAAUGCAAAGAAAAUGCUAAAAUACCCGUGUAUGUGUGGACAAGACCUAUGAAGCCACUAGCAUGACUGUAGACUUUUUAGAAGUAAAAUUCGUUGAGCUGUUAAAGAGAUCUUUUUGCAUCAGUCAGACGUUAGUCAGAAUCACCAACCACCAGCCAACAUCCUGCCACACUAAAAAUGUAAAGUUUUGCUGAGGAUUUUGACUGUGCAGUGCAGCAGCCCAAUGGAUUUUUUGUGAAUUAGUCAUUUUAAUAACAGUGCUCUUCUAACUGCGUGCAAGCGUUCUACCAAAACCGUUCCCCCAUAACUACUUUGCAGUGUCCCUGAUCCUUUACUUAGCUCCACACAAUACAAUUGUGACUGGUUGAAAGAAUUCCAAACUAGCUAGAGCGUUUCUUCCUCUGUAACAGUCAGACUAUUCUUUUCUGCAGAAUGAUCUGGCUGGGCAAGACUCGUCAAGCAUUAUUGGCUUUUAGAUUAAUGAAAAUGACUGCUUUUUUCAGACAGUUCAAGACUGUUGCAGAGACCAACAAUAUUUAUCUAACGUGAAACUAGACAGUACAGUAAGCUACAAUUUCCAGGCAUUUUUACAAAAUAUUCCUGCUAUGAUUUUAAUUUUUAAAUUAAAAAAAAAAAGUCAGAUCUGUUGCUUCUGAAUGAUGUUUAGGAUAAUGUUGCCUCAUUCGGCGCUGUAUCAUUGAUAGACAUCAAAGAAGUCCUAUGCUAAUAUGUUAUCAUCUUGUUCAUUGUUAAUACCUGUCUAGUUUAACAAGGUCUGACUUGGUAAGAUUGUUGUUGACUUUAAGAAAACACACACGAGAUUGACACAUUAAAUUAGAUUCAGCUUGACAGAAGGGGUGUGUGCUCGAAAGCAGCUUUCAUUUUCUUUCAGUGCAUCAGAAAAAUCCAAGACCUAAGAUUACAUUUGCAGUCCUGUUUGUUUUAUAGUUAUCACCUAUAUACUGUUCAUUUUUUAUUGUAUUUUAUGACUUUCUUUACAUACAGAUGUUUGUAAUUUAUCUUAUCUGAUGCAACAGUAACAUUGGAGAGCACUGACUUUUGAUAUUUAUGUUUAAAAUGUAACCGCAGUUUAUGGCAAAAUGUAUCAGUCCUGUGUUGACUUACACUUGCGUGGACUGUUAAACCACAGAUUAAAAUGACACCUUUACCAUUUUUUAUAACUGUAAUUUGAAAUUAAAAGCUUUAAAAGUGUU